GCGUCAUUCACUGGGGACCUUUAAUCCGCUGCCGCAGCAGCCCGGCCGGUAACGAGAGGAGGGGUACACGGUCAGUCAGGAUUGGAUUGCGCAGGCUACAAUAUAACCGGAUAUAUUUAUAAAUAGGGGCCUAUAUUAAUCGAUUUUAAAAUAAGAAAAUAAUAUUAAUUGUAGAACACGCCGACUGAACAGAGACAAACCCCUCCUCUCUCGUUAGGCUACUUUGUCGACGCAUCUAUUAUGCACUGUGUUCUCUUCUAGGCGGAGAAUUGAAAAACUUCGUUCAAAUUAAUAUUUUUACACAAAUAAAUGGAUGAUUACGGGUUCGGUUUAUUACAGACAGCGACCAUUGGACACAACUCUACCCUUCUCGAAGGACGAGCUUUCUGAUCCUAAUGCUCCUCCUCUUCUGCGGUUUCCAUCGGCCAGUUGUGCCCCGGCUCGCCCUUGGUCUCGCGCAGUAGCCUCGCUGCCUUGUCCCCACUGUUCCUGUCAGCUGCUGCGCAUCAGCAAAACAUGCAGAAUGAGUCUGUGGGGGUGACAACCGAACAACGACCCUAGUCAACAGAGGAAAACUACAGCAGCAGCAACAACAACACAAUCAAUAAAACCGGGACACAGCAACCAAACCAAACCAACAACCAGCUGGGAACCCUCACUUCCCUCACAACCACCUGAACCAGAAUCCAGAUUUUCCAGAUUUUGGUCAUUUUUGCCCGACGCAGUCUAUCAGUGACCUUCAGCACGACCGGAAAAUACAUCAGCAGUUAAGUCAGCGAGCUGAGUUUGGCUGCACUGAGUCGCCCCCACCCCAAGGAAAAUUCAGUCACCUGCGGCAGAGGCAGCCUUUCACCGCUCAAGUCUCCACCGAACCCGAGCGCAGCGCUACUCCAGACCGGGACAAAUCGGCCGCUCGCCAGUGGAGGACAUUGAAGCCGAUGUGGAGACUGCCGCGUUGCCAUCGCCCACUUCCGUAAAUCCAAACAAGGUUAGGAUCCAAAUGGACUCCCCCAUCACCCACCAUAUAAAUAACGGCAAUGGCAGUAGCACCGGCAAUAUGUUGUCCGCAGGACUCGGGGGCGGUUUUCCGAACCUCCAGAACCAAGAGAUGCAGAACCCGAGUGGCGCCUCAGCUUCACCUCCCCUCCCUGGAUUUGGAACCCCGUGGUCCGUUCAGACCAGCUCUCCACCACCCGUUUCCAACUCGGCCAACCCUAUCCACCACUCAAACGCGAUUAAUCAGAUGCCUCAUACCGACCCAGACAACAGCUUCUAUCCCGGUAUCCCCUCCUCUAUCAACCCGGCCUUCUUCCAGAGUUUUUCUCCGGUGUCGACUAAUCCAUGCCCAGGGAUUAACGUGCAGGGCUUCAGCAGCCAGUUCUCACCCCAGAUCAACGCCCACCAGCAGCCGCAGCAGCAGAGCCGCAGGUCCCCCGUAAGCCCCCAGAUGCACCCCCAGCACCAUCAGCACCAGCAGGGCGCCUUCCUGCAGCAGAGGAACAACUACAACCACCACCACCAGUCCAUGGUGAAGCAGUCUCCCUGGGCUGGCAGUCACCAGGGGAGUGGCUGGGGCUCUGGGGGUAUGUCCUGGGGUCGGGACCACCGUCGUGGUGGAGGCAUGGGCAUCCCGGGCUCUGUCAGCCAGGUUUCUCCCAUGAAGAAGCCCUUCUCCAGUAACGUCAUUGCACCUCCCAAGUUCCCCCGCUCCGCCGGCUCCAUGGGCCCCAAGUCCUGGAUGGAGGAGAACAUGUUCCGAACAGACAGUAACAGUAACACGCUUAUGCCUCUCCAGGAACGCUCUAGAAUGUACGACAGCCUGAACAUGCACUCCCUGGAAAGCUCUCUGAUUGACAUCAUGCGGGCGGAGCAAGAUCCAAUGAAGGGUCGUGUGGGAUGCCCUCAUCCCGGGGCCGACGGCCUGCUCAUGCUCAAUGCAAGGAGCUAUGGGAGACGUCGAGGCCGCUCCUCCCUGUUCCCCAUUGAAGACAGCCUCCUUGAUGAUGGGCACGGUAACCAGGGCAUCCCAGGGCUUAGCCCUAACUGUUACCCCCACCAGAACGGGGAGCGCAUCGAGCGUUUCUCCCGCAAAGUGUUUGUGGGCGGCCUGCCCCCUGACAUAGAUGAAGAUGAGAUCACCAACAGUUUCCGUCGCUUUGGCCACCUGGUGGUGGACUGGCCACACAAGGCUGAGAGCAAAUCCUACUUCCCCCCCAAAGGUUACGCCUUCCUGCUAUUCCAGGAGGAGAGCUCAGUGCAGGCUCUGAUCGAGGCCUGCAUGGAGGAGGAUGGCAAGCUCUACCUGUGUGUCUCCAGCCCCACCAUCAAAGACAAGCCUGUCCAGAUUCGUCCGUGGAACCUGAGUGACAGUGACUUUGUGAUGGACGGCUCUCAGCCCCUGGAUCCUCGCAAGACCAUCUUUGUAGGAGGGGUGCCCCGCCCUCUCAGAGCAGUGGAGUUGGCCAUGAUUAUGGACCGUCUCUAUGGGGGGGUCUGCUACGCUGGCAUCGACACCGAUCCAGAGCUCAAGUACCCCAAAGGUGCGGGGCGCGUCGCAUUCUCCAAUCAGCAGAGUUACAUCGCUGCCAUCAGCGCCAGAUUUGUCCAGCUGCAACAUGGAGACAUUGACAAGCGGGUGGAGGUAAAGCCCUAUGUUCUGGACGACCAGCUGUGUGAUGAGUGCCAGGGUGCGCGUUGCGGAGGGAAAUUUGCCCCUUUCUUCUGCGCCAACGUGACCUGCCUGCAGUACUACUGUGAGUUCUGCUGGGCUAACAUCCACUCCCGCGCCGGCCGAGAAUUCCACAAGCCGCUGGUCAAAGAGGGGGCUGACCGCCCACGCCAGAUCAACUUCCGCUGGAACUGAAGAGGAACGCGACCACACGUCACCAUGGCGACACGGUCAGAAGGAACGGUCAAAGAAGAGAGACAUCGCCAGGCAGGAAAAAGUGCAUCGCUCUGCCUCUUACCCUAAGCUAUCAGUAUAGAGUACAUAACAGUAUACAGUAUCUUUUGUAGCAGCCAAACACUACAAGCCUCAGUUUUUCACCAAAACCCCCUCUCACAUCUCAGGCUCUGACAACUUUUUUGUGGUACUUUAAUGUUUUUUAAGAGGAGAUUUAAAAAAAGAUUGAUUUUUUGUAGGUUUUUCAAAUUAUUUUUAUAUGUGAGAUUUAACGUAGAUAUGAGAAUGUUUUUGCAUGGGAGCAGCCCAUCUGUCUGUCUGUCUGUCUGUCUGUCUGUCUGUCUGUCUGUCUGUCUGUCUGUCUGUCUGUCUGUCUGUCUGUCUGUCUGUCUGUCUGUCUGCUGCUAGCCACCCCCUAGUGGGUGUAGCGUGCCCUUGUUUCUGGGAAAACCUUGAUUCUAUAAUCUGGAUGCCUGCCCCAGGUCAUUUACCAAAGGUAACAAAACGAUAGGAAGCAUAAAAGUGAUACAUUUCUGCCACAAAACAAACUCUUAUUUUUUAUUGUUGAUAAUAAUUUGUUCUUUUUCCCCAUCAGGGAAGACAUUUACAAAAUUUAUGAGGUUAUUUUUGCUCUCAUUUUGAUCUGAAAAAAUAUUACCUCAAAAUAUGAAUCUGGUUUUUAUUAAUUCUAUUUAACCUUUUUAAUCACAAGCUAUAUUAGAAGCUUUGCUGCUAUAUAUAAUAUAUCAAUAGAUGUAUAGGUGGUAUAUAUUAAUGCCAGCUAUAAACCGGAAUCUUGAAAAAUGAAAUGCAGUCCGCACUCACACACUCAUGGCCACCUUUGCCAUGGAAGAAUAGAAUGUGAAAAUUGAAGUGCAUGUUUGUCUAUACACCCGUUGCAUGCAAGAUAGACUUAACCAAUACACGUAGGAUAAAAAAACAACACAGAUAGACUUAACCAAUACACGUAGGAUAAAAAAACAACACAGAUAGACUUAACCAAUACACGUAGGAUAAAAAAACAACACAGAUAGACUUAACCAAUACACGUAGGAUAAAAAAACAACACAGAUAGACUUAACCAAUACACGUAGGAUAAAAAAACAACACAGAUAGACUUAACCAAUACACGUAGGAUAAAAAAAACAACACAGAUAGACUUAACCAAUACACGUAGGAUAAAAAAACAACACAGAUAGACUUAACCAAUACACGUAGGAUAAAAAAACAACACAGAUAGACUUAACCAAUACACGUAGGAUAAAAAAACAACACAGAUAGACUUAACCAAUACACGUAGGAUAAAAAAACAACACAGAUAGACUUAACCAAUACACGUAGGAUAAAAAAACAACACAGAUAGACUUAACCAAUACACGUAGGAUAAAAAACAACACAGAUAGACUUAACCAAUACACGUAGGAUAAAAAAACAACACAGAUAGACUUAACCAAUACACGUAGGAUAAAAAAACAACACAGAUAGACUUAACCAAUACACGUAGGAUAAAAAAACAACACAGAUAGACUUAACCAAUACACGUAGGAUAAAAAAAACAACACAGAUAGACUUAACCAAUACACGUAGGAUAAAAAAACAACACAGAUAGACUUAACCAAUACACGUAGGAUAAAAAAACAACACAGACUACAGAAACUAUAUAACAGAAAACACUAAAAUCCUACUUUGAGUAGCAACAACAAAAAAAACGUCAGAAGCCUAGGUGUAAGAAAAUAUAUAUAUAUAAAAAUGAAGAUAAAGGAAAAUACAUGAAAACGACUUAACAUAAAAAAAAUCUUGCAUGCAUUGAUGUUAAUCCGUUGUUUGAACCAUUUACAUACUUAUUAUAGAAAAAAAAGCGAUAUUGGAUCUAAACUAGUGGAUGCCACCAUUUUGUGAUGUGGUGGUUUGUGAGGAGUAAUGAAGCCUGUUGAGAAGCUGAGUGGCGUUCAGUCAGUGGUUAGUGUCUGUGUCGUGUCUGUGCUGUCUGUGUGGAUCUUGUUGGUGUGUGGAAUGAGGUUUUAGUUUAGUAACAAUGUAGGUAAACUAAAGGAGAAUGAGAACCUCACAACAUUUUGCCUUCACCCUUCCUAUCCUCCUCACCUUUGUAUAGUUCCAGAGGUUACUCUAAUGUAGCAUAACCCUUUGCAGACCAAAAGCAUACACAGAAGCCAGGCUGGAUCUGAUUUCUACAGGCAUAAAACUGGGACAUGUGUGCUUGUGCCAUGUGCUAGUUGGCCAAUUUAAACCACUGUUCAAAUGUUGUCAUAGAGAAGGAUCCGUAAGAAAACAUCUGCCCAACAUCUGUUCCUGACUUGUGUUAUCAGGCUACUCAGUUUGAUAAAACUGUUCUCCAAAACAACCAGGCUGUCAUACAUAUUGUAGUUACAAGUUAUUAGACUCCAGACCUGUAGAAAGUGGCCCAGUUUUAUGUCCUGCUAAUGAAAGAUGACAAAGACACACUCCCUCAUAUAUUUUCAGUGAUGGGGAAAUAAUUAUAAUUAAAAAAAUUGGCCUGCAGAAUAUGAAUAACUGUGUUCUUUUUUUAUCUAACUGUGACCCUGUCUCUCUGUGAGCAAUGACCUGCUGGUGCACUAGCCAGCUGUUUGGUACUGUACAUGUCUGUAUCUCUACAGUAUAAUAUCCCUGUUAUCCUUGUGUCAUAGUGUUCCCUGGUGUGGUGUCAGUCCUUGGUAUGCGGUUUAGACGUGGUUCAGGGGUCAAGUGUGUACUGUCACUACUACUACUUCAUGGAUAUAAGAUUGUUUAUGUUUAUUUAUUCACAUAUUAGAUCAUUUAUUUGUUAAUGUCUUUAACUUGUGAGUUGGGACCCCCUCUCUGUCCCCAGCCUCUCUAAUCACUUUUGAUAAUAUAUUAUGCACUACCUUUUCUAUAUUUUCCCUCUGAUUAUUUGAUUCUUGACUCGUUUUCACCCUACCAGUUAGUCAGCUGAUUAAAUGCAGACAUGGUUUGGGCAACGACCUAUUUUGCUCAAUUUAAUCACUCAUGAAAGAUUCAGUUCUACCGAACUUCUACCUAUUUAUAAUUCUACCAGAUGAUUUUAUUUUUUCAUAAUGACUUAUUUAAGAAAUUGUGUGAGGAGGCGGUGGUCUUAGGUUUUUCUAUGUGAAUGAAGCAGUAUUCUAAUAUGUUCUAAUGUAUUGAUAGGGGGUCCUGUUGUCUGUCAGUCACUCUGUCAACUGAAAGAAGGAAGUGCCACAGGGUACUGUGCUAUGAUGAUUGGCUCUAGAGAAAAUGGUGGCCAAAAACCAAUGAGCAACCGUUCAAAGCAAAUGAAGGAUGGUUAUUAAGCCCCCACCCUGUUUGUACUUUGUCCCGGUAGCCUCGGUUCUCGUGGUGUGGUUGUGCUCAGAACAGAACAGAGCUCUCUUGUACUUUGUCACCAUUGACAUGUAACACGACUCCUUGUGCUGUUUGUUGAGUAAUGGGUCCUAUUUUAUAAGUUGAACACUGUUACUUUGUAUGUGUGUGUCUUUGUUUUUGUAAGAAUCAUAUUUAUUUCACUAUUUUUGUAGACAAAUAACUAUUUGAUUUUGAUUGUAUUUUUCUAUUUCAAUAGGUUAUUAUUAUUAUUAUUAUUACACACAUUUUAGUUCCCCUAAUAUUCUAAUUAUGUCUAGAAGCAGGGCUCUGUUGAAAGACAAAAAUAAACAAAAGAUUUGAACAAAUAAUUAUGUCAUUGAUGUAUCAAUAUAUAACUGUUUUAAUAUAUCAAUAUGGUUAAUAUACAAGUACACAUUUACACCUUUUAUUUGAAGGAAGGAAACAUUGAGGGUUCUAUUAUAUUCAUGGAAGACACUUGAGAUUCUCCCCCUGUUGCAUCGAGGCCCGCGGUGCCUCUCCUCAUAGAUGCUCUGAAACUUGAAUAUAACACAUUUUGAAAGGCUGAUUAACCUCGAAUAUGUGUUGUGACGUGCAAUACUGUUUCUAAUGUUUGUAUAAAAAGUCAAAAUGACAGUGUAAACCUUUUUAAUGCAGAUUUAUUUUUUUCAUUGCAUAUUUUGCAGAUUUCUGAUCCACAGUGUCAUUUUUUUACUGUCAGAAAGAACCCCCUUUUUUUCAUUGCAACUAUUUUUCAAUCCAGAUAUCUUUGUACUGAUGUAAAUGAUUGUAGUUAUUUUGGAUAGUGUUUCGCUACCAAAAGGAGAGAAUUUUUCAUGCAUAUUUCUAUUUCAUUUAAUUUUAUUCCGUUUUUAAUUUUAUUUAAUAGAAGCAGAAUACUUGGAAUAAUUUUUCAUAUUAUAUGUCAUUGAUAUUAUUUUGUAUUUUUAUGUGGAAAUAUAUAUAAUUUUAAGAUGCCAAUUGCUAAGAUAUUAUUUUAAUUUGAAUUAUUUUUAAGCUAAAUCUUUGUAAUAUUGUUAAAGUAACUCAUUUCUAAAUCGGAGUUUGUGUAUGAAUUCACAAAAGUGGUUUAUGAGGUGUUCGGAUUGUAAUUAUUACUCAAUGGUUCUUUGAUAUGCAAAAUUAAUAUCAUGUCGAUUUUAAUUUUUGUUUUGUAUUUAAAUGGGGUGUUGAUUACAAUCUGUUUUCUUUCAUUUCCUGAAUAAAUAAAGACCCAUUCUGUUCAGACACAA